AAGGUCUUCUCGAUUACUCUAUGAAAGGGCGUGGAUGUGUAUUGGACAAAUGACUCCAAUUUAUAGAUACCCUACAGGGAAUCUCUGAUGGUAUCAGCUCAAAGUACUUGGCACUAAUUGCAUUGGGUCCAUUAACUUGUUCUAAUACCUUGGGCACUCAGGGCUAUAAAACCACCACUUGUCAACUCCAAGCGCAGUAGGUGAGCUGAAUGCAGCUAAGUAUCUCCAAAGCCAUGAAUGCCAUUGGUACUGCAGCUAUGGCUGAAAACUACCAGAAGUUCAACCCCCUGGCUUACUUGCAGAACAAUUAUAGUCUGCCACGUGCCAAUUUCACUAGUGAGGAGUUUGUGGUGCCCUGGAAGCUCCGUUGCCUGGCAGAUGCCUUUGCCACAGGAAAAAUAACUGGCCACACUCUGAUUGAUAUUGGCACAGGCCCCACCAUCUACCAGCUCCUCAGUGCCUGUGACUACUUUAAGGAGAUUGUAGCCACCGACUUCCUGGAAGUGAACCGGGCUUUCAUUCACAACUGGGUGCACAGUGAAGACAAGGAUGGCUUUGACUGGUCCCCUUAUAUCCAGCACGUUUGUAAAAUUGAGGGCAAAGGGGAGCUGUGGAAGGAGAAAGAACAAAAGCUGAAAAAGAAGCUGAAAAAGAUCCUUCCCAUUGACAUCCACCAAUCCGACCCGUUGGGUUCUUUGCUGAGCCAGCCAGCUGAUGCUUUGAUUUCUACUUUUUGCCUAGAGGCUGCAAGCCCUGACCGCCCAAGCUUUGAUAAAGCUUUUCAGAAUGUCACCAGGCUCCUUAAACCUGGUGGCCAUUUUCUCAUGAUUGGAGCUUUGGAAGAGUCUUUCUACUUAGCAGGAGACGUAAAGCUGACAGUGGUGCCCCUGAGUGAAGCCGACAUCAAGGAAUCAUUUGCAAAAAAUGGCUAUCAUAUUCAUGACUUCCAUUCCUACAACAUGCCUCCAACCCUGAAGAUCGGAGUUGAUGAUGUACAAGGGAUCUUUUUCAUCCAUGCACAAAAGUUACCUUGAUUCCAUUUUGUCUUGAAGUUGUUGUUUCUUUCUCUUGUCAAAGAAACAUGAUGUUGCAUAAAAACUCAGCUUGCUCGUUCUUCCUAUUAUUUUUUUGUGUCGAAGUCUCUAUGUUUAGAUCUUAUUGCCUCUGUUUUGAUCUUAUCUGAAUUCACAUUUAUUGCCAAAAGACGAUAGUUUCAGUAAUCUGAAUCAAAUUCCUUUGCAGAUUUUAUUCAUUUCUUACUGUCCCUAGAAUGAAAUAAUGCAUUGUCCAAAUUCUAUACCCCACUAUAGUGCAGAUCAGGGACAGAA